CCUCAUAAAUACUGGGAACCCAGGAUACUGUUCAGUUCCUCUUGGGUUGGCCUUACCUGCUCAGUGCCUGCUGCGACUGGUCUGAAGAUGCCGGAGCCAGGGAAGAAAGCAGCGUCAGCCUUCAACAAGAAGCCACGGUCGGCGGAGGUGCCCUCAGGCAGUGCUGCAGUGUUUGAGGCUGAGACGGAGCGGUCAGGCGUGAAGGUGCGGUGGCAGCGGGACGGCAGGGACAUCGGUGCCAGUGACAAGUAUGGCUUGGCAGCAGAGGGCAAGCGGCACACUCUGACAGUGAGAGAUGUGGGCCCCGACGACCAGGGCUCCUAUGCGCUCAUUGCAGGCUCCUCAAAGGUCAAGUUUGACCUCAAGGUCACAGAGGCAGCUCCUCCAGAGAAGCCAGAGGCUGCAGCUAUUCCCACCCCUUUGGAGGCCCCAGGAGUCCCCAAAGAUGUCCCUGUUCCAGCCACCGAGUUGGAAGAAAAUGUCCCAAGUACUGAAGGGUCCGUUUCAGUAACUCCAGACGGUUCAGCCCCAGGGAGUCAGGGAGCUCCUGAUGACCCUAUUGGCCUCUUUUUGAUGAGGCCACAGGAUGGCGAGGUGACUGUGGGUGGCAGCAUCGUCUUUUCUGCCCGUGUGGCUGGGGCCAGCCUCCUGAAACCACCCGUAGUCAAGUGGUUCAAGGGCAAGUGGGUGGACCUGAGCAGCAAGGUGGGCCAGCACCUGCAGCUGCACGACAGCUACGACAGAGCCAGCAAGGUCUACCUGUUUGAGCUACACAUCACAGAUGCCCAGGCCACUUCUGCUGGGGGCUACCGCUGUGAGGUGUCCACCAAGGACAAAUUCGACAGCUGCAACUUCAACCUCACUGUCCAUGAGGCUGUUGGUUCUGGAGACCUGGACCUCAGAUCAGCUUUCCGCCGCACGAGCCUGGCUGGAGCAGGUCGGCGAACCAGUGACAGCCAUGAAGAUGCUGGGACUCUGGACUUUAGUUCCCUGCUGAAGAAGAGCAGCAGUUUCCGGAGGGACUCAAAGCUGGAGGCACCUGCGGAAGAGGACGUGUGGGAGAUCCUGAGACAGGCGCCACCAUCAGAGUACGAGCGCAUUGCCUUCCAGCAUGGAGUCACGGACCUGCGAGGCAUGCUGAAGAGACUCAAGGGCAUGAAGCACGAUGAAAAGAAGAGCACAGCCUUUCAGAAGAAGCUGGAGCCUGCCUACCAGGUAAACAAGGGCCACAAGAUCCGGCUUACUGUGGAACUGGCUGACCCGGACGCCGAGGUCAAGUGGCUUAAGAACGGACAGGAGAUCCAGAUGAGUGGCAGCAAGUACAUCUUUGAGUCCAUUGGUCCCAAGCGCACCCUGACCAUCAGCCAGUGCUCACUGGCUGACGAUGCAGCCUACCAGUGUGUGGUGGGGGGCGAGAAAUGCAGCACGGAGCUCUUUGUCAAAGAGCCCCCAGUGCUGAUCACACGGCCCCUGGAAGACCAAGUGGUGAUGGUGGGACAGCGGGUGGAGUUUGAGUGUGAGGUCUCAGAAGAAGGGGCCCAAGUCAAAUGGCUGAAAGAUGGGGUGGAGCUGACUCGUGAGGAGACCUUCAAGUACCGCUUCAAGAAGGAUGGGCAGAAACACCACCUCAUCAUCAACGAGGCGACCCUGGAGGAUGCAGGGCACUACGCAGUACGCACAAGCGGGGACCAGGCAGUUGCAGAGCUCAUCAUGCAAGAGAAGAAGCUGGAGGUGUACCAGAGCAUCGCGGACCUGGCGGUGGGCGCCAAGGACCAGGCUGUGUUUAAGUGUGAGGUUUCAGAUGAGAACGUUCGUGGCGUGUGGCUGAAGAACGGGAAGGAAUUGGUGCCUGACAGCCGCAUAAAGGUGUCCCAUAUAGGGCGGGUCCACAAACUGACCAUUGAUGAUGUCACACCCGCCGACGAGGCUGACUACAGCUUUGUGCCUGAAGGGUUUGCCUGCAACCUGUCUGCCAAGCUCCACUUCAUGGAGGUCAAGAUUGACUUUGUGCCCAGGCAGGAACCUCCCAAGAUCCACUUGGACUGCCCCGGGAGCACACCAGACACCAUUGUGGUGGUUGCUGGGAACAAGUUACGCCUGGAUGUCCCUAUUUCUGGGGACCCUGCGCCCACUGUGGUCUGGCAGAAGAUUAUCACACAGGGGAAGAAAGCCCCAGCUGGGCCACCCCCGGAUGCCCCAGAAGAUGCAGGUGCCGAUGAGGAGUGGGUGUUUGAUAAGAAGCUGUUGUGUGAGACUGAGGGCCGGGUCCGUGUGGAGACCACCAAAGACCGUAGCGUCUUCACAGUUGAAGGGGCCGAGAAGGAAGAUGAAGGUGUCUACACUGUCACAGUAAAGAACCCCGUGGGCGAGGACCAGGUCAACCUCACAGUCAAGGUCAUCGAUGUGCCAGAUGCUCCUGCGGCCCCUAAGAUCAGCAACGUGGGCGAGGACUCCUGCACUGUGCAGUGGGAACCGCCUGCCUACGAUGGCGGGCAGCCUGUCCUGGGGUACAUCCUGGAGCGCAAGAAGAAGAAGAGCUACAGGUGGAUGAGGCUCAACUUCGACCUGCUGAGGGAGCUAAGCCAUGAGGCAAGGCGCAUGAUUGAGGGUGUGGCCUAUGAGAUGAGAGUCUACGCAGUCAAUGCUGUGGGAAUGUCCAGGCCCAGCCCUGCCUCUCAGCCUUUCAUGCCUAUUGGGCCCCCUGGUGAACCAAACCACCUGACUGUGGAGGAUGUGUCAGACACCACUGUCUCACUCAAGUGGCGGCCUCCAGAACGUGUGGGUGCAGGUGGCCUGGAUGGCUACAGUGUGGAGUACUGCCAGGAGGGCUGCUCUGAGUGGGUGCCUGCUCAGCAGGGGCUGACAGAGCGCACUUCGCUGCUGGUGAAGGACCUACCCACUAGGGCACGGCUGCUGUUCCGAGUGCGGGCACACAAUGUGGCAGGGCCUGGAGCCCCGGUCAUCACCAAGGAGCCUGUGACAGUGCAGGAGAUACUGCAGCGACCACGGUUCCAACUGCCCAGACACUUGCGCCAGACCAUCCAGAAGAAAGUUGGGGAGCCUGUGAACCUCCUCAUCCCCUUUCAGGGCAAACCCCGGCCCCAAGUGACCUGGACCAAAGAGGGGCAGCCACUGGCCGGUGAGGAGGUGAGCAUCCGCAACAGCCCCACGGACACCAUCUUGUUCAUCCGAGCUGCCUGCCGCACCCACUCAGGCACCUACCAGGUGACAGUUCGCAUUGAGAGCAUGGAGGACAAGGCAACACUGGUCCUGCAGAUCGUGGACAAGCCAAGUCCUCCCCAGGAUAUCCGAGUCAUUGAGACUUGGGGUUUCAAUGUGGCUCUGGAGUGGAAGCCACCCCAAGAUGAUGGCAAUUCAGAGAUCUGGGGUUACACUGUACAGAAGGCUGACAAGAAGACCAUGGAGUGGUUCACUGUUUUGGAGCAUUACCGUCGCACUCACUGCGUGGUGUCGGAGCUCGUUAUUGGCAAUGGCUACUACUUCCGGGUCUUCAGCCAUAACAUGGUGGGUUCCAGUGAUAAAGCCGCUGCCACCAAGGAGCCUGUCUUUAUCCCAAGACCAGGCAUGACAUAUGAACCACCCAAGUACAAGGCCCUGGACUUCUCCGAGGCUCCAAGCUUCACCCAGCCCUUGACAAACCGCUCCAUCAUUGCAGGCUAUAAUGCCAUCCUCUGCUGUGCUGUCCGGGGUAGUCCUAAGCCUAAGAUUUCCUGGUUCAAGAAUGGCCUGGACCUGGGACAAGAUGCCCGCUUCCGCAUGUUCAGCAAGCAGGGAGUACUGACCCUGGAGAUCAGAAAGCCCUGCCCCUUUGAUGGAGGCGUCUAUGUCUGCAAGGCCACCAACUUGCAGGGAGAGGCACAGUGCGAGUGCCGCCUGGAGGUGCGAGGUGAGGAGCCUUCUGGGCCAGGGCUUGGGGGAAAGCAGGGCAGUAGCAGGGACCCUGGGUGUGUCUCAGGCAGUGCCUCUGGCUGCUGGAGCACUGGCCUGGCAUGCUCAGUGGAUCUUGGUUUCUGGAAGAUUAGGAAGACACAACUUGUGGUCUUCCCUCUUACAGUUCCUCAGUGA